UUUAUUCAAUACCCAUUACCUUAAAUUGCAGAAAAGAAGGAAGAAACAUGGUUACAUUAUAAUUGGAGCAGCAUUUUGUCAACUGGGUUUCAUAUUCAGGAGCCAAAAUGUCCAUCCAGCAACAAAAUACGGAUGCCAACAAUGGUUCUGGGUCAGGAUCUUGCCUUUAUGACCUCUUAUGCGCGGACCCCUCUACGAGCUGGAAUUGCCACCAAAGGGAUGGACAUACGUCUUCUUCUGGUUCAAAGGGAAGGCUGAAGAAUCUAAUGUGUCAAUCAGGAAACGGGAUUUGUGCAGAUUGUGGAUCUUCCGAUCCAAAAUGGGUGUCUCUAAGCCUUGGAGUGUUUAUAUGUAUCAAGUGUUCUGGAGUACAUAGAAGCCUUGGAGUACAUAUAUCAAAGGUUUUGUCAGUAAAUCUAGAUGAAUGGACAGAUGAACAAGUGGAUACUUUGGUAGAUAUGGGUGGAAACGAUGCAGCAAAUUUGAAGUUUGAAGCUUGUAUUCCAGAUAAUUUGAGAAAACCAAAACCAGAUUCCUCUAUAGAGGAGCGCUCCGAUUAUAUUAGGAGGAAAUAUGAGCUGCAUCAAUUUUUGCACUCGGAUGAACUGUUGUCAUGUCCGUAUCCAUAUCCUGGUUUUUGUUCAUCAUCUUCCCGCUGUGGCAACAGUUGUGGUUCAGCCCUGGAUAAGAAACAUUCUGAGAAGCAAACAGCCGGUGGCCACCGGAUCCAUGGUCUUGGGCAAGCCUUUCGGAAUAGCUGGAGAAGGAAGGAGUCAGAGCACAAGGCCACUAAGAAGAGUAACUCAUUGGCAGGUAUGAUCGAAUUUGUCGGGUUGAUAAAGGUCAAUGUGGUCCGAGGUACAAACCUAGCUGUCAGGGACAUAGUGACCAGUGAUCCUUAUGUCAUCCUCUCAUUGGGACACCAAUCAGUGAAGACGCGAGUCAUCAAGAACAACCUCAACCCAGUCUGGAAUGAACAGCUAAUGUUAUCAAUUCCACAAACCAUUCCGCCUUUAAAGAUGCUCGUGUACGACAAGGAUACAUUCAAACCCGAUGAUUUUAUGGGGGAUGCUGAGAUUGACAUUCAGCCCUUGGUCUCUGCUGCCAAAGCCUCUGAGAUUUCCUCAAUCAGGGAACCUAUGCAGCUUGGAAGUUGGGUAGCAAGCAAAGAUAACACUCUGGUACGAGAUGGUAUCAUCACCUUCGUAGACGGGAAAGUAAAACAAGAAAUCUCCCUAAGGCUGCAGAAUGUUGAAAAGGGAACGCUUGACAUCGAGCUUGAAUGUGUUCCCCUCACUCAAUAGCCUGUCAACGGUAACUCUCUACAAAUUCAACCUAUGGAUGUCAAAGUUUCAAGUUCUUCACCUGCUGUAGUCUAGGAACAAAUGGUUAGACCUGCAUAGAGGUUUUUGUUUUGGUCUGUGUGUGUGGAAUAUUUGCUUGCAAUUGUUGUCACCAUUCUUUUGAUUCUUGGGUGGGGAAUUCAUUCAUUGCCCGCCCGAAGGAAAUCAGUUUAUCCAAAUGUAAUUAUUUUUGCCAGCAAGAAUUGUUCAUAACCUUAGACUGUCUCUUGAUUUGUAAGACUUGUUGUAUGUUUGAAAGAAGUGUGACUUAAUUGACAAGUUUUCAUCCAUUUGAGAUA